GAGCAGCCCCGCGCCGCGCCCACCGCGCGCCGAGGACCAUGCCGCCCCCGGGCCGGGCGCCGCCGCUCGGGCUCCUGCUGGCGCUGACUGCGUUCCGGUGCCCAGAGAUGGAGAGCCGAGGGAUCGUGGAUAGUCUGCAGAGGUUUUCCUCGCUGCCUGCCUAUCUACCCACAAGCUUCCACAUCGCCGACGCAGAGGAGGCCUUCUUCCUUAAGGAAGCCAACCAGGACGUCACGAGGAACUCCAGUCUGCAGGCGCGGGUGGAGUCAUUCUUUGUCUACCGGGCCCGGACCCCCCCGACUGUCAAUGCCAGCUAUGGCCCAUUUUCAGCAGAGAAGACAAUCCCGCAGGAGCUCUUGUUGACUUCCCCAGCCUUUGGAAACAUGGAGAAGUUUCCCUUCCACUGGAAGCUGAAAUCCCACAUCCUCGACAGCUCCAUCUACUCCAACAGACCCAAAGUGCAGACCUUGUUUUACAUCACUGGGAUGGACUGGGGCGGCAGCGACCGCGAGGAAGAUCUACCGUGCGUCAAGAUGUUUGCCUUCCCCGAGACCAGGGAGGUGGCGGCCAGCUGUCGGCUGCAAGGGGCCCCGGGGCUGUGUGUGGCUGAGCUGGAGCUGCUGCCCGAGUGGUUCAGCUCCGGGCUGGACCUGGAGCCCGAGGAGGAAAUCCCGGCUUUGCUGGGGGGCACUGCGAUGGAGCUCUUCUUCACACUGUUCCCGGCCGACCGGGCCGGCCGGUGUCCGCUGGAGGAAGAGGGCAAGUGGGAGAACAACGUCCACUCCGGGCAGCAGCACCCCCAGCAGGUGCCCCCAGCCCGGGAGAGGGUCGGGAGUGUGGUGGUCUACCCAACUCAGGACGGCCUGAAGCGGUCCCUGGUGAGCCUGGAUGAGAACGUCGUCAUCUCCGUACCCCUGAACCUCGUCCGGGAAGGGGGCACGGCCACCUUUUUGGUCUCUCUGACCGGCAGCUCUGUGGCAGACCACUUCACUCUGAGAAUUAAGGCUGCAGCUGGUGUGAGAAUAUCGGCCGUGCGCGUCAGCAGUGAGCAGCAGUGGGCGGUCCAGGAGGACAUCGACAGCGGCAGCGAGCAGACAGCGGCCACCCUCACCUGUGUGGGCCACCACCCGGACACGCAGAGCAGGGCAAAUGGCUCCUUCUAUGAGAUCUUGCAAGUAGACUUUGGGAUCGACAACAGCAGUGGCCUGGCCGGGGCCCAGCCCAUCACCUGGCAGGUGGAGUAUCCAGUGGAGGACUCUAUGAGCGAACUGGCCGUCUCUGAGAUCUUCGUCAGCCAGACAUCCUUUGUGGGCAUCGUCCCUCUUGUAAUGGAUACGGAGGUGCUGAACACGGCCGUCCUCACGGGGAAGCCUGUCGCGGUUCCCGUCAAGGUCGUGGGCAUUCAGGAGGAUGGCUCCGUGGUGGACGUGUUGGAGGCUGUGGAGUGCAGGUCUGCGGAUGAAGACGUCGUGAAGGUCUCCAACCACUGCGAUUCCAUUUUUGUGAACGGGAAGGAAAUGAAGAGCAAAGUGGACACGACUGUGAACUUCACGCACCAGCACUUCACCUCCCAGCUGGAGGUCACCGUCUGGGCGCCCAGGCUCCCCCUGCAGAUUGAGAUCUCAGACACGGAGCUGAGCCAGAUCAAAGGCUGGAGGAUCCCCGUGGCCUCCAACAGAAGGCCCACGCGAGAGAGCGAGGACGAGGAGGACGAGGAGAAGAAGGGCCGGGGGUGCUCCCUGCAGUACCAGCACGCCGCCGUGCGCGUCCUCACCCAGUUCGCGGCCGAGGCGCGCGACUCGGGUCAGCUGAGCUACAUGCUGGGCCCCGACUGGCAGUUCGACAUCACUGACCUCGUGGCCGAGUUCAUGAAGGUGGAGGAGCCGAGGAUCGCGCAGCUUCUGGGCGGCAGGACCCUGGUGGGCCGGGAGCCGGGGAUAACCACGGUGCAGGUGCUCUCACCUCUGUCCGACUCCAUCCUGGCUGAGAAGACAGUGAUCGUGCUGGAUGACCGCGUCACCAUCGCCGACCUGGGCGUGCAGCUGGUGGCCGGCCUGUCUCUUGCCCUGCAGCCUCACAGAGCGGACAAGAGGGCUAUUGUCUCCACGGUGUCUGCCCAGGACGUCCUCCAGGCCCCGCAGCAGGAAGCAAUAGUCAGUUCUUGGAUUUUGUUCAGUGAUGGUUCGGUGACACCCUUAGACAUUUAUGAUCCCAAGGAUUUUUCUGUUACUGUGUCAUCAUUGGAUGAAAUGGUGGUGUCUGUCCAAGCAAACCUUCAGUCCAGAUGGCCAGUUGUGGUUGCACAGGGUGAAGGACAAGGGCCCUUGAUUAAAUUAGAAAUGAUGAUUAGUGAGCCCUGUCAGAAGACCAAGAGGAAGAGUAUUCUUGCCGUGGGUAAAGGGAAUGUCAAGGUCAGAUUUGAACCAAAUAUUGAUGAGCACCAAGGAGGCACCAACGAUAUUGAGGGCAUCAGUCGGGAAUACAAAGACCAUCUCAGUAAUUCCAUAGAGCGUGAAGGGAACCAGGAGAGAGCAGGUCAGGAGUGGUUCCAACGUGGCGCCUCUGUUGGCCAAGAGGAACGUAGCAACAAAAGCACAACCCCACAGUCUCCUCAGGAAGGAAAGGGUAAGAAGUCACUCAAGAGUGGCGGUCCAGACACCUUCACAAGCUUCCCCACUCAAGGGAAGUUACCGGAACCCAAUAAUCCCAGUGACCUGACAGUGACCUCCAGGGGGUUAAGUGACUUGGAGAUCGGCAUGUACGCUCUGCUCUGUGUCUUCUGCCUGGCCAUUUUGGUCUUCUUGAUCAACUGUGUGGCCUUUGCUUGGAAAUAUAGACACAAAAGAUUCGCCGUGAGCGAGCAAGGCAACAUCCCCCAUUCCCAUGACUGGGUCUGGCUUGGGAAUGAAGUAGAACUUCUGGAGAACCCCGUGGACAUCACCCUCCCGUCGGAGGAGUGCACGACCAUGAUAGACAGGGGCCUGCAGUUCGAGGAGAGGAACUUCCUUCUCAACGGCGGUUCCCAGAAGACUUUCCAUAGUCAACUGCUCAGACCCUCUGACUAUGUCUAUGAGAAAGACCUUAAAAGUGAGCCUAUAAAUCCAUCGGGCCCAAAGCGGAAGCGAGUCAAGUUUACUUCCUACACCACCAUCCUCCCGGAGGACGGCGGCCCGUACACCAACUCCAUCCUGUUUGACAGUGAGGACAACAUCAAGUGGGUCUGUCAGGACACGGGGCUGGGGGGUCCCCGGGACCUUAGAGACUAUAUGGAAAGCCUGCAAGACCACAUGUGAACUCCUUUCUUACGUUUGUAUUCACCUUUAUGCCUUCUGUUUUUUGAACGGUGGAGCAGUGAGUUUGUUCAGCAAUAGGGGAUGAUUUAACAAAGCUUCAUUUGGGGCGGUCUGGGGUGGGGAUCCCUUUCUGAGCAGGUGUCAGAGGCCUGGAGAGCUAUAGCAGCUGGGUUAUAAGCCGGGAAAUGUCUCGAAAGCAGCCACCUGUAGAUCCUGGAGAAAUUCUAAGACGACAGUUGUAUCUGCUGCCUGGUACUAGCUCAGUUCAAACAUUACUAAACCUGACCCCACAGACAUUGUUAGUCAUCUCGCAACAAACGGCCACAUGGAAUUAGAAAAGGCUCGGGUGUUGAUUUUUCUAUUCCUAGAACUUUUAAAGCACAGUGGACAUUCCUUGCCCUUGGCCUGAGAUUGGAUGUACGUGAAAGAUGCUGAAUGUAGCCGCCCUUAUUUGUUACGAGGCUGCUCAUUAUUUUUAUACACAUUUGCACCUGCACCUGGUUCCUUUGGCCUCUGGAAUUCUUUUUGAAACACGAAGAAGAGCAAUUGCAGUCUCUUCUCUCCGAGAUGUUUGAUUUUCACAUGAGUUUUGGUCGCUGACGUUCGCCGCGUCCGUGCCGGACGUCAGGUGCUCUCCGUUGCCCACAUUCCUUACCUAAGGGGCAACGUCUGAGAAGCUCAGCCUCGCACGGUCCUCCCUUCUCUUUGUUGUGGAACUUCCUUGUAUCACACUGGGACAUGGGAUUUUACAUAAAACACUAACAUACUGCGAGGGAGGGCCAUCUUUACAGUUUUCUAUACGGCGCUUACAGACUUUGGUGACCACUUGUCAACCACAUUUGUUUUUACCUUCUGCUUGUGGAACAUUCGUGGGGGACUCCUGGAGUGUAUUUCUGAGGGCAGAAAGGCCCUGAGAGAGUCAUAUUUAUACUGGUGCUUUCUGGUCAACACAAUUUGUGAUCCAAGCUGAAAUCAGAAUUUUAAAUUAGUAUUACACAGAAAGGAAAUUGUGUAGGAGAUAUGUUCAGGUUAUACUUCCAUUUUACCAGAGCAAAAAAAAAAAAAAAAAUUGAAAGUAAGUAGAAUGAUGUUUCAACUUAGCAAUAUGUAAAAAUCCAUCCAUAUAAUGACACCCCCCCCCAAAAAAAAUCAUCAGUCAUGACUCUGGCAGAGCUCAAACCUAUGCAGGGUAUGCACUGAUGGAGAAAAGAAUGGGUUUGCUUCCAAGUUUCAUAAAAUAAAUGACUGUUGGAGAGUUUCAGAAGCAAGUAGGUAGAAAAACCAUAGCUGUUGGGAAGUCAGAGUGACAACAGGAAAAAAACAUAAGCGUGACCCCCUGCAUAAUUUUUAAAUAAAAAAUGUCUUUCAAAGAAUAGAAGGAAUGGUUUCAAGCAGAGCAAGAAUUUCAGAUUAGCAGAGCAGAACGUUUGAUUACUGUGGGUUAGCUCGGAAAACGGGCACGAGACUAGACCACCUAUUCCAGGAUUUCUGGUGCCAUCUGCAUUGCUGAGAAGUAGAAAUGUAAAGACCAGAGUCACGAAGACCUGCAGGAGGGGCAAGGAAGUGGUUGGCUGACUCCACAUGGCGGAGGAGCAAGCUGUUGGAACAAGAGCUUGUGAGCUUUCUGUGCGCGGGAGCAUGACCACCUGCUGCCUCCAAGGGACAGAGUCCUACCUGUGUCUCUUGCCCACGGGACUGUGGCGGGUUUGUAAACAGUGCAUAAAUCCGCAGGCUUGUGGGCCUGAUUUCUAGAGGCCAGUGUCCAGCCGAUCUUGUGUUUCAGAUGAGGGUUAAGGGCUGAAGCCAGUGAAGUUUCAAAAAUCUUCCAAUCUGAUGGGCGAAGGAGGCCAGGAGACCCGGGCUUUGGCUUCGGAGGGAAUUUGCACAGCGAAGGCUGACGCCUGGCAGCAAGAGCACCCUGGGCAACCAGAGGAGGCAGAGGCCGCUCACCGAGGGUUCGGUGCAGAGGGAGCUUGGCCCGCAGGGGAGGCCCCGGGGAAGUUCACACGCUAAUGCCACGUAGCUCUCCAGUAGAGUCUCGCUCAUGUGCCAUGUUCUCAAUGUUCUCUGCCUUUGGAUCUUCAGCAUUCCGACAUAACAGGAACUUCGAGUCUGAAACUGAGGAAGCUCAGCUGGUAUAGGGGGUGAGUCUCUCUCUCUCUCUCUCUCUCUCUCUCUCUCACACACACACACACACACACACACACACACACACACACAGCAGGCUUCCCCUGCUGCUACAGUGAGGCCCUGGGUCUGGGGGUGAUCUGGGAAGGGACAAGGGACGUUACCAUUGCCGUGGGGAGCAUUACUGAGAAGCUUGCAAAUCGGAGCCUUUCCUGGGGUCUGAGCGCUUGCUGGGGACAGAGUGCAGACUAGGCAGCGUCAGAAGGGAGAACAUGCCAGUGGGUUCUCAGGAGUGGGAAACUGACCACUGUCCUGAAGAUGCCUCCCAGGGGGUGAGCCACAGCCCCCCAGUGUGAUCUGGGCUCUGUACGGUCACCUUUGCUGGCUUCUGUUCAAACUCAGUUCACUAUGAGUCAUGUGGAAGGUCACGGGGCGGGGGGGUCCCUUUUACCGCACAGGGCACACUCACACGGACACACACACGUAUGCACAUGAGUGUGUGAAUAGUGAGGAGCCAGGGAAUACAGUAUUUAGCGGAACCAGCACUGUGGCUCGCUCCCCGCCUUGGCAUGGGCACUGUUCCCAGCUCCCCAGGAUUUCAGUGAGGCUCUUUCUGUUCUAAAUGUUUCCCACUCACCGGCAGCCAUGGAUUAUAUCCACUUGUUUUUCAACUAGAUCAUUUAAAACGAAUAGGAACCCCUCAAUAUCUAAACUAGAACAGGGAAAAGAUGUAACUUAGGAAACCUUGAAAUCCGUUCCCUGGGGGCCUGCACUCGCCUGGAGUUUCCAGGUUUUUACAGCUGGAGUGGUGUGAUUCGUCACCUGAACAGAACAAGUGAUAAAGCCCCGUCCUCUCCCUGAGAAGGGAAUACUUGGGCACACCCCUCCCCCCGAGGCCAGCACCUCAGUCAGCCUCCUGAGGGGCCGCAGGCUGGGAGCUGUGCGGUUCCCACAGAGGGUGGCUCAGGCGCCCACGGGGACCAGGCCACCUAGAACGGGGAGGGAGGGAGCGGUGUCCCCCACGGCCAGAUGUGCUCCCUCCCAGGCCGCGCCCCAGGAUCCAGGAGCAGCCGCCACACGCCGGAGGUAGAGCUUAAGUGCACAGAGUCGCAACUUCGGGAAAGCCAGAAGACCCUGCCAGUGUCCCCGAAGAACGCCCCCCAGCAAGCCUCGGGCCGCCCCGUGCGCACGGACAGAGGACUGACUGACCUCCCAGCUAUUUUGUAUUGCACCCUGGCCAGGGUCAGCUCCCAGACUUCAACUCCAGGCAGAGGGUGUCUGUGCGCACACGUUAAUGCAGGGAAAACAAUGGAUUACUUUUUGUCCCAUUUGCCACAUUCGUAGACGAGCACUUUGUACUUUGUUCAUCUUUAAGUUUAGGAAGUCUGCCUUUGUGCAUUUUGAUCCUUUGCAUCCUUUCUUCACCCUUUUGGAAAGGCAUCUUCUCGGUGUUGGGGUGUUGGGACCGGUCAAGGCUCUGUGUCCAAGAACUAGCUAGCCCGCCUUCAACAACCACGCAGAGCGGUUGCACCUGCUUCCUACAUGUCUCCGGGACCGUUGUCUUUUCUACUUGAAUCAUCUCAAAAAUGGCUUCAAUUCUCCAUCCUCGUCUCUCUAAGUGACACGAUGGAUAGUUUAUAGACUCAGCAACCAUCUCCCCCAUUGAAAUUCUACACGUGUGAUGUACCGCGUAUCACCUGUGAUGUGAAGGGACGGGACGGGUGGCGGAGGUUACGGGAGGAUGCGGCUCGCAGAUAUUUUUGUAUGUAACAUACGCAAUACCCUGAGGCACCGAGAGGUGUGCUGGAAUAAAUACAUUUUACAGUAAAAGCAUGCAACGCUGUAGCUUUUAAAUGUACAGACCUCCCGCUCAAAAAUAUCUAAACCCAUGGUGGGGGAAACACUGGGUAGGAACGCGGCCUGGAGAGGGCGCGGCUCAUUGGCGGCAUCACUGAUGGAACCUGCCAGAAUAUUUUGAUCUUACUCUUCAUUGCUUUUGGAUUUUUUUCCUUUUUUUUUUUCCUGGAAAUAUUUCAGAAAUAAAGUGACUACAUUUCCCAGCAUAAAGGUAUAUUCUAACCACAGGGUAACUCAUCAUUUUUAACAUGAAAAUAAACAUUUAAACAUUCUUCCGUGGUUUCAUUAUUUUACGCACACAGUCCCUUUUCAACUUUAGCCUCUCUUAUGAUUUUGCUAUAUUGAUAUCUAUUUUUUUCUUCUUAGCCAGAGAUUUUUAAUACCCCUGACACAGCCAUAAAUGGAAACCAAAAGAAAAUGUUGCUUAAAAGUUGCCAGCAACUUUCACCUUGGAAAGCUUCUCAUUUGCUUCCCCAGCUGGGGGACCCUUAUUCUGGGAUGUGUCAGAAGGACGGCUCGUGGCACCCACGUCCCUGGCCGGGGUCACACCGUCUUGGAUUCGGCGCUGACAUGCAGGACGCAGUGGCCCCCGACCUCGGUCUCCCUUCUGGUCUUUCCUUGUGGAUGGCUCACUCGUGUAUGUGUUUGGGGCACGGGCGUGGGUGCUGAGGACCAGGACAGACAGAACUGUGGAGACAUGAGAAAAACACAAGAGCGCCGGGCGCCUGCCAGAGAGGCCGAUGGAAGUGUUUUAGCUGACGGCCGGCCAGGCGCCGCUGAGCCCCCACAGGUCCUCUGUUGGCACGGCUGUCCUCCCCAGCACUGCCAGUAUCACCUUUGGCAUCUUGGCAAAGGCCGCCCCUUGCUUUCAGGAAGAGGCAGUAACUUGAGCUAAGUGGGCUCUGCAGACCUCAUUUGAGGCAGUGGGUGUAAACACGGGUGGUUGGCUUGUGGAGUCAGAUCUGCAGAGUAGCAGGCUGCAGAUGAGCCCCCCUGCUCUCCCAGGCGUAGAGGAUUCCCCCCUGACCACCUCCCCCCACUCCUUGUCCUCGGAACAUAGGAGGAUGGAGCCACGGCCCCCGCAUGCUCUCCCCAGGCCCCAGGGUGCACACAUGUAGUCAGUAAAGUUGGUUUCUAAAAGAGAAAAGAUAAAGAAGCUUGAAAAAAGGUUUGUAAAAGAACGAACCCUUGUUAUAUUUAGUUUCUGAGUGUGUGCAAAGUGCAAACCCCACAUUUCCAAUUUGGGGGUAUUGAUUCCUUCAUGCCUUUAGUUUCUCUAUGGUUUCACACAGCUUAGAUUGGCGAUAGAGGGUUUUUUUUGUUGUUCGCUUUUAGAAAUUUUAAAGAAUAUGAGAAAGUGCAGGAACAUUGCACCCUGGGUCUUCUAGGAGUCGGGGUGAGCAGGACACUGUCAUUUUCCAGAUGAGAAAUAACGGUCCAAGUCCAAUAAGGCCUCCCUGCCCCAGUCCAAGGAAGUAAUCAUGUCAUCAAAAUUGGACAAUCUUCGUGUUCCAUGAGAUGCCUUUAUGAUUUCUUUGGCUUUAAUUAUUGCCCUCAGUCAGUUCAAUUUGAUCUUAAGGAUUGAAAUCUGGUUAGACGCUGCAGAAGCCAAGAGGACAGGUGGUCUUUUUAAUGCAUCUACCCUGCCUGUUGGAAGAACGCACCUUACAAACAGAGGGAUGGAUGUUGCUCUGGAAUUCGGGGUCCAGGUGAUAUCGACCUCUCGACCCAUUUGAAAAUAGUACUUCUCUAGGCUUAAAUCACUGUUGACCUGACCCUUCUUUCUUUUCUUCCUUUGGCCAAAGAGCAUGUACCACUUUCUGGUUCCCAUGAUAAGGUUGCAGCUGAAAGAAUCCGCUGUUUGAUGAUGACCUCCUUUGUAGGAAUUUGACUUGCUGAAUGAAAUAACACCAACACCAGUGUAGACACUGCCCGGGUAGUGUAAUUUCUUCACUUAGAGAUGCUUCCUUGGAGAGUGUGCCUUGUUCUCUUUGUCCUAACCACUGUAGGAUCUCUGUUUUAUCUGGGUAAGUUCCCGCUUGAGGCAAACACGCUCUAAUCCCAUGGGUAUUGUAGGCUGACAAGGGGCACCCACCAGGCAUUGAUAAAGCACACCCUCCCAGGUUCUCAGCCCCCGUGUUCCACUCUCCGCGGUGUGCGUCUCUACUGGGCACAGCGGUAAACUUGUGUGGGGCCUUUUACUGUCUCAGUGGCUCUGCCGCUGUAAAUCGCUUACACCUGCCAGUUCCCAUCCCCAGAGACGCCAGGACUGGCCACAGGAGGGACCAACGUGCUUCCUCUGGGCACACAGACCACCGAGCAAGUGACCUUUCCUUAGUUGUCCUCCAUGGGGAGCCUUAUUUUGAACAUCAAUUUAAAAUUUAAUGCAGAUUCCAGGAAUGAAUCUGUUGCCCGACCCCCCAUGACAUGGAUGUUCCAAGCAUGGUCGUGGGUUUAAGCCAAAGCCCAAAUAUGGAAGGCAGGAGCCGGAGUAGACAAUUAUGUAAUAAGUGAACAACAGUGGGUACCAUACAGCAGAUCCAUGCUCUCGGUGGGGGGCCACACGUGUCUCCCCGUGGCCAACAAUUCUUACAAUGCUGCUUAUCUAUAUAACACGUGUCUGAAGAGCAUGCCAUGUGCUCACAUUUUAAAUCUGUCAGGUUCCCUGGCUCUUCUCAGGCAGGUGGAUCUGAUCUGGGCUGCUGAGCGCAGUGAACGGCCAAAUCCACACAGCCCACUUCCGGCUGGCUUCUGGGCAACAGUGGGGGAUAUUUGGUCUGGCAUUUGAAAACAAAAAACAAAGGUGUUAUCCCCUACUUUCUACUUUUCUGAGUUGGGUUCUUGUUGCCUGGUACACGCCCGAUAUUAUAAACAGAGCAUGCUGUGAUUACAUUGUGCUUCUAUACCCUUUCUCGGUUGUAUAACGUCUUUCUCAUAUUACCCACGGUUUUCAGUAUGAUCUGUUGUAUAUGUUCCUCGGUAUAUUUAACAUAUCUGUAAAGGCACUUCCAAACAUUUUGAAAAUGAAGAAAUAAAACGUGUUGGACGA